AUGACAAGAUCAGCAAAAUUGGAGCCCUACUGUAUAGCAAGAACGACAACUGCGGUCCCUCAUUGUAAAUCAACGAACUUAGCUUAUCAAGAUACUUCUAUAGCAAGAACUACAAAAACUGCAUGUUGUUCACCUACUAUGGAAGAGAUGGAAACGCAAAUAAUUUUGAAACGUACAAUGAAUGCAAAGCGAUGUGCAUGUAAUAUAGAUGUCUUUUCGGAUCCAGAUCCAUCAUUUACGAUAUUUGUGUACAUAGAGGAGAUAAUAAAUGUACCGGCAAUGGUUCUUCUACCUCCUUUAUCAUUUGAACUGGCUCAACAUUUUAGCUCUCAGUAUGAUACAAUGGAUAGAAGAAAUCUAAGUUCAACAAGUUUAUGG